AUGUCUCAAUUUAAAUGUAAAGAUGACCAGAAUCAACCUAAAGAUGACCAGGAUCACCAUUUGUCGCCUGAUGCAGCAGCUGAGAAUACUGAACUUUUACAAUUUUCAUUGCUGGAUGAGUUGAAAAGACUAGAAAAAAAUUUGGAUCAAACCACAAAUCGUGUGAAUGUGCAAAGGAUCAGUAUUUUGAACAACUAUUUGGAUAGGAGGAUAAAAUGUUCUUGGUUUUCUCCAAAAAACAAAAUUAAGGUCGUCUUCAUAGGUGAACCUGCCGUUGACGAUGGAGGUCCAAGGCGUGAAUUUUUUUCUGAAAUACUACUUUUGUUGAGAAUGCGGCUGUUUGAUGAAAGAGGAAUGCCUUUGGAAAGCACCAUGGCAUUAACACAGAACUUGUACAAAUAUGCAGGGGAAAUUAUGGUCAUGUCAAUUCUACAAGGUGGACCAGCUCCAAACUUCUUGUCACCUGUUAUUUAUGAUCUAAUUGCAAAAGGACUCUCAGCUGCUAAUUUUUGUCUUGAUAUGAUAGAAAAUGAGCACUUCAAAAGAAUUGGCAUGAAGAUUGACAAUGCAAACACAGACAGUCAACUACAAUCAUUAUUGACAACAGAUGAUGCUCUUGAUGUUCUUGAAAAAAGUUGGGUAUAA